GAGAGAGAAGGGGCGGGCUUUUAGACAUGACAGCCAAUCCCGUGUCACGUUUGUAAAACGCUACUCACUGUCUAUGGUUAGCAUUAGUCGCAUCCGGGUGAGCACUUUCAGGUCUGCUGAAGUUUUGACUUUGAAGCUUGGCUCUCGGACAUCAGGAUGUACGGAUCCUUUCGGGUGCUGUUGCAGGUGCUGUCGGCCCAGCUGCUCUGUGUAUGGGUGCUGGGCUCCGAGCUAACAUUUGAGCUGCCAGACAACGCCAAACAGUGUUUCUAUGAGGACAUCAUCAUCGGCACCAAGUGUACACUGGAGUUUCAGGUGGUGACCGGUGGCCAUUAUGAUGUGGACUGUCGUUUGGAGGACCCAGAAGGCACUACACUUUACAAGGAGAUGAAGAAGCAAUAUGACAGCUUUACCUUCACAGCGGCCAAGAAUGGCACCUACAAGUUCUGCUUCAGUAACGAGUUCUCCACCUUCACACACAAGACGGUUUACUUUGACUUCCAGGUUGGCGAUGACCCUCCGCUCUUCCCCAAUGAGAACAGAGUCACUGCCCUCACUCAGAUGGAAUCAGCUUGCGUGUCCAUCCACGAGGCCCUGAAGUCGGUCAUCGACUACCAGACUCACUUCCGCCUCCGUGAGGCCCAGGGACGCAGUCGGGCGGAGGACCUCAACACCCGUGUUGCAUUCUGGUCCAUUGGAGAGGCCAUUAUUCUUCUGGUGGUCAGCAUCAGCCAGGUGGUCCUGCUGAGAAGCUUCUUUUCUGACAGAAAGACCACUACAACACGCGUUGGAUCGUAACAGUCUCUGAGCCCCGGAAUCUAAUUCAUCACUUUCUUUAUCCGUACCUGGACUGGUGUGCAUAGAGUGGGUUGGAAUAUCAGUGCUCAUCUCAAAUUGGAUCAUAUCAAACUGCCAGGUUGAACAAUCUGACAUGUCAACUUCAUUCAGCACUGGUAUUCUUACUAACAUUAUGCAAAUGAGUCUUGAAGUCUGAAAGGUUAAAUAUGUUUUAAAAUGGUUUGAGGGGUAAAAUAGAAAACCUGAACAAUUGUUUUCUUGUUUGUGUUGCUUGUAAUCAUCUGUAUUGGAGGCAGUUCAAGGUCAUAUAGUUGAAGAAAACCCUAAAUACUUUGAAAUAGAGCUGGGCAAUGUGGAGAACAUCAAAAAUCCCAAUAUUUUGGACCAAAUCCCUUGAUUUCAAUAUAACAACAAUAAUGUAGGGUUGACUGUUGGUGCUUUCACAAACUAUUCACACAGUGAGAUUUUUUUGACAAAAAAUCAGACAUACCAUAGAUAUGACCAAGUGGUUAAAGGCAAAUAAUAGAACAGCUAGAAGUAAGGGAAGUUCAGAAAACGAUACUGCCUUAUUGUAAUGUAGCCUGUAGAACCAGGAAAAGACAACACUUACCAUAUUACAAUAUCCAAAAUUUAAGAAGACAUCUCAUGUUUAUCACAAUGUUGAUAAAUUGCCCAGUCCUACUUUAAAUAUUUGAAUCAUUUCUAAAUGGGUUCUGAUUUUAUUUGUGUUCUUUUUUUUCCCCCCGUCAUCUCAAAUCCUCUUCUCCUGGUCUUUUUCAUUUUUCAGCCCAAAUUGUGCACUGAAAUAACAGAGAAAGUGAAAGUUAUGACUAAAUGUACUCAUAAUGUGAGGUUCAUGGUUUUGUUUGUUUGCAUGCAAAGCAUCGGCUCUCCAAAACCACACUGGCAAGGCAAAGUGUUUCCCCCACAAAGGUUGCAUUUGAUUAUGAAAAAUACAUUGCUUUUUUUUUCUUUAUUAAAUCUCACUGUAUUAGGUGAGAGUAGAUUUUGUGUUGUGCUUUUAUCAGUUUUGGCAUUUUAGAAGAGUUAUAAGAGUAUGCUGUCUGAGUAAGCCAUCCUUUAAUUUAAUAUUAGCCAUCCUUUAAUUUAAUAUUAGCUUUAGUUUGUGUUUUGAUUGAGGGAUUGAGUUUAAAGAUACAGAUGGUCUCCCUUAAGUGACUGCAGACCCAAUUUCUUAAAAAAGUUAGUUUUGUUAUUUGUAUUCCAUUUGCACAUCGGGGUGAAAUAGUGUUUCAGUUUGACCACACCUAGAUGAAUUAUUCCCUAAAAAUGUAAUAAUUAUCUAUGUGUCUCAAUGUUGAAGGCAAAAAAUAUAUAUAUAUUCUUUUGAAAAUUACACAUUUGAGUGUUAAGUUGCAAUGGCAGCAGUUUUUAGUGCACCAACUUCAAAAAAAUCUUUCACUUUUUACCUUGCAAUGUUACAUCUAGUUCUUGCUGUGUAAAGUGUAACAACAACUUCUUUAUCUUGUAAGCUGAUAUUGCUCUCGGUUUUAUACAGCACUGUUGUAAAAAUUAACGUUUUGCAAAAUAUUGCUUGAAUAUAAGGUAAUUCCAGUAACUUUGAGUUUUAGUUGUAAGUUGAGACUGUACUCCCUGACUGCCUACUCAAUUAAUGUUCUAAAGGAACAGGGAGGAAGAUUUAGACAGCUUAAAUGUAAUGUGUUUAUAUAUAAUAUGACUGGUUCGGAACAUAUGAGCGUGCUUAGUUCAGCCAGGAAUCAGUCAUUGGGUCAUUCUUUCUCUCACUAUUCACUGAUUUGCAAAUUCAGCUGUAAGACACAGGAAUGAAUGCUGAAAUACCUGAGUAUACUGGGGUCAUAUCGAAGUUCACAUGUAGAAUUGAACGUGACUCUGAACAGAACACUUCUGCUGACGCUAGAAGACAUCACUGUUGUGAUGUGAGAUAAAUAUAACUUUUAUAUUCAUAAGACAGACUUUUACACCUAACCUACUGAAAGAAACCAAAAACUAUUUCUAGUUUGGUCUUGUUUAACUGUCAGAACGGAUUCUAGAGACUUGUAAAACAACUAAUUUAUUUGAUUCAUUUAUUAGUUGUGGUUUGGCUUUGCUUCUAUUGCUAUGCUUUUCCCCUCUCACCAUAUGUUCAUUGUCAGUUUUGGUAGGUGGUGCAAAGUUGCCACAAAGGUUUAUGUGCUGCCAGGUCAUUUUUUUAGACACAAAUUUAUCUCUGAUGCUUUCUGUAAACUUUUUAAGUUAUUGGGAUGACUGAAUAAACUUUCUGUUAAAAUGUCA